AUGAUCACAGCUGAUGAGAAGAGAGCUAUGGUCACUCAAUACAAUGCUUUUGUCAUAGCAAGCUCACCAGUCCCCGGUAUUGGUGCUUACGACGUGGAAAUCACCUCCAAUCAUAAGUACUCUUUUCUCCUCCUCUGCCAACCAGAUUGGACUUCCAUCAUUGACCACAUCAAGCUCCCCGAAGACCAGCAGUGUACGUGGCCCACGCGCCGACGUUAUACUGAGGCCGAUAUGGAGGCGCUUGUCACCCCUAACUCGGCCCUUGGGGGCAACACAGCGAUGGAAGAUGCCGUCGUAAUCGCGAAUACGCUGCAUACUUUACUGGCGAAGCACCCAAACAAAAAGCCCAGUGACGUAGAGUUACACGAUGCCAUGCGCCAUUAG